AUGGAAUCUAUGAUCAAGACUUGGUUGGUGAUGCCUAUUCUUUUCUUGUAUGCAAGCUGUUUGCAUUAUUGUGUCAAUGGGAAAUCCCAAGUUCCCUGUGUUUUUAUCUUUGGAGACUCUUUAUCUGAUUGUGGUAACAACAAUAAUCUUCCCACCUCUCCGAAAUCUAAUUACAAACCUUAUGGAAUCGACUUUCCGACCGGCCCAACCGGAAGAUUUACCAACGGUCGAACUGCAAUCGACAUAAUAACUCAACUUUUGGGUUUUGAGAAAUUUAUUCCACCAUUUGCAAACACUAGUGGCUCAGACAUACUUAAAGGUGUGAACUAUGCAUCUGGUGGAGCUGGAAUUCGAAACGAAACAAGCAAGGCUACGGGCUUUGUUAUCAGCUUGGGAUUACAGUUAACAAAUCAUGGAGUUACAGUUUCUCAAAUUGCUACCAGACUUGGAAGUCUUGACAAAGCUCGACAAUAUCUUAACAAAUGCUUGUAUUAUGUGAAUAUAGGAAGUAAUGAUUACAUAAACAAUUACUUUCUUCCUCAACUCUAUCCAACUAGUCAGAUUUAUAGUCCUCAGCAGUAUGCAGAAGCUCUGAUUCAAGAGUUAUCUUUGAAUUUACUGGCACUACAUGACAUUGGAGCAAGGAAAUAUGUGUUAGUUACGUUGGGCCGCUUGGGCUGCAUUCCAAAUGCCAUCUUAAAUCAUGGAACAGAUGGAUCUUGUGUUGAUGAGGAGAAUUCUCCUCCAUUCAUUUUCGAUGCCGAGCUUAAAUCUCUAGUGGAUCAUCUCAAUAAUAAGUUCUCCGCUGAUUCCAAAUUCAUCUUCAUAAACAGUACAUUAGAAUCAGAUGGACAGAAUCCAUGGAUUUCAGGUUUUGUUGUCCCAAAUGCUCCUUGUUGUCCAUUAAGGUUGAUUGGAGGGUGUAUUCCGGAUGAAAGACCAUGCUAUAAUAGGAGUGAGUAUGUGUUUUGGGAUGCAUUCCAUCCAUCUGAGGCUUGGAACCUACUCACUGCAAGAUGGUCUUAUAAUUCACAUGAUUCAGGCUUCACUUAUCCUAUGGAUAUCAAACACCUUGUUGAACAAGAAACUAAGAUGGAAUUGGGAUCCACAAAUGAGAACACAUCAAAGCUUAGUGCCUCUAGUUAA